AUGAUUCAAGCAAUAAAGCUAGCGGAAGAAAAGAAGAAGGCUCAAGAGGAGAAGGAGUUAGAACAAGCAGAAAUGAGGAGGAGGAGAGCUGAAUUGCGGGUAGGAACUGCUACGGAAGAUAAUCAGAGGAACGAAAGAGAAGAGGCCAAUCAAGGCACGUCAUCAGGACAGACAACCAACACCUCGAUAUCGAUCUUGGAGAUAAAGAAAGAAUUCAUUGAGAAAACAUUAGAAGAUCGUCAGAAAGAGGAAGACGCUCGAGAGUUGGAGAAGAUGAAGAAGUCAAUAGAAGACAUGAAAGAGGCCGUCUUAGGUCCGGAGGAAUUGAACAAGGUUGAUACUGAGGAUUCAGAGUCAGAAGAGUUAGAGGUGAUGGAAAAGACGAAAAAGAAAAGGAAAGGAAAAGCAAAGAAGAAAUCAUCGUCAGUAUCGUCAACAGAGGAUGAAGGAUGGAGUAGAGAAAGAGAUAGAAACCUUAGAUCAGUGAUCGAGGCGGACCAAAUCAUACCUGGAAGGGAACCAGCAGGAAACCUCAGGAGGUCCAGCUCGAAGAAGUUACAAGACAACCGACCAUUAUUGGACAGGUUGGUAGAUGCACUCAAAGGUUGGAGUGACGAAGACCUAGAGGCAUUAAGAGAAGAGUAUAGGAAGAAGUCAGCCUUAGAAGAAGAGGAGAGGAAGGAGAAGGAGAAUGAUGAGUUAGAGAAAAAGGGGAAGAGGAAAGAAGAGAAGGAGGAGAAGCGAAGAAGGGGAAAAGGAGAGAAGAAGGGGAAAGAGAUAAGAAAAGAGAAGGAGGAGAAAGAAAAAGCGAAGAAUAGAUCAGCUCGCGAACCUUCAGCACAAGACACCGACUCUUCACCAUCAUCAUCUUCAUCAUCAUCCUCAGAAGAUGAGAACAAUCCGAAGAAGAGGAACCGAAAGCCUUUGGGCGGAGAGGAAGACUCUGAAGAAGAUUCCGAAACCGAGUCGGAUACUUCUAGAGAAGAAAGGAAGGGGUUAAAGAUCGAAAAACCAGUAACCUUUAGAUUCACUAAGGCGUCAGCGAACAAUUCGUCGAAAGCCAACUGGAGGCAGAACAGGAAACAGCGAGGUGGGAAUAGAGGCCAUUGGUACAACCAAGAGGAGACACCAUCUGGUGCGAAUACUCAGCCCCAAACGUACUAUCAGAAGAAGAGUAUGGGGAAAGAGUGGGUAGCCUUAGGCCAGAAGCAUGCGAAUAACCAGGCAUCGUCUUCUAGCAGAGGGAGCAGGGGAAACGGGAAAGGCUACGGGAAGGGUGAUAGGUGA